UGCCCCGUCACCCCGCCCGGCGCCUCCCGGCACGCUCUCAGUGCGGGGCGCGAGUGCCCCGUCACAGAUCCCUCUUGCAUAGGGCGGUGUUAGUCACCUCUGUGUUACAGCAGGAGAAGUUCAGAGAGUGUACAGACUUGGGCAGAGUUCAGAACAGAGCCUCAGCAUCUUGACUUGUAAGUCCUGCCACUUUGCCCUAUUCCCCCUUCCCCACCAAACCCUGAAGAGGGCAUUUGCCAGACUUCCACGGAGCGCGUGUCUGUCCUGUAUCCUGACAAAACAAGCACACAAAAGUGGCUCCCAAUACACUCUUGUAGAGACUUCGGCGUCAUUCAUUUUACAGUGUGUUGUCUCUCUGGAAUGGUACACUAUAUAGUCAUACUGAAAGCUAUGAUGUCAUACUAUGAAUGGCAGUGACUUUAUAGGAAAUGUCUUUUGAGGCAAAAUGUCUUUGGAUUUUCUCUUCCUUCUGAAGAAGGAAACCAUAAGGAAUUAUAAUAUAAAUGCACUUGGGUGGUUAUGCUUACUGUGGAAUGAAAUUCCAUUUGAUGUGUCUCAAUCAUGAACAGCCACCCAGCUGAGUAUCCAGUUGUCUGUACAGUUUGCUUGAUAUGGGGGACAGUUCUGGGAAUGUACAUUAAUCAUUCAUGAUUUUCAUCUCAGUAUAAGUGAGAGCAAAGCCUUGUUGAAAAUACCGGCUCUGUGGUAUACCUGGAGGGCUGUUGCAGUUCAGUUCAGAUGUAACUUGCAAGAAUUAAUGGAUUCUGGAUUCUAGUCUGUGCUUUGCAGCUAACUUCUUCCUAGGCAACUGGAGUUUGGUGUGAGACUCUAAUUGGUGGUUGCUGCAUGUGAUCAAAGUCCAUAUUCUGUUAUCUUGGCACAAAAACAUCCUUUGUGCCACAGCAAGUAACCAGGUCUUGCUUCACUUUAAAGUUUUAAGCUUUGUGGUUGACCAUGAAUGCAAGUGGCCCUGGAUAUCCAUUAGCUUCUUUGUACGUGGGAGAUCUGCACCCAGAUGUGACCGAAGCCAUGUUGUAUGAGAAGUUCUCCCCUGCUGGACCGAUCAUGUCUAUCAGAGUUUGUCGGGAUGUUGCCACACGUCGAUCGCUCGGUUAUGCCUACAUAAAUUUUCAGCAGCCUGCUGACGCUGAGAGGGCCUUGGACACCAUGAAUUUUGAAGUGAUCAAAGGUCGGCCCAUUCGAAUCAUGUGGUCCCAGCGAGACCCUGGACUCAGGAAAUCGGGAGUUGGGAAUGUGUUUAUCAAGAAUCUGGACGACUCCAUUGAUAACAAAGCCUUGUACGAUACAUUCUCAGCCUUUGGGAAUAUCCUUUCUUGCAAGGUUGUGUGCGAUGAGAACGGAUCCCGCGGUUAUGGCUUCGUUCACUUUGAGACUCAUGAGGCAGCGAAUCGGGCUAUUGACACCAUGAACGGGAUGCUGCUCAAUGACCGCAAGGUCUUUGUCGGCCAUUUUAAAUCCCGCAGAGAGCGGGAGGCAGAAUUUGGGGCACGGGCAAUGGAAUUCACCAAUGUCUAUAUCAAGAACUUCGGGGAUGAUAUGGAUGAUGACCGACUGCGGGAAAUAUUCUCCAGGUUUGGAAAGACGCUGAGUGUCCGCGUUAUGAUGGAUGAGACUGGCUGCUCGAAAGGAUUCGGGUUUGUCAACUUUGAGAAGCACCAAGAAGCCCAGAAGGCUGUGGCGGACAUGAACGGGAAACAGAUCAAUGGCCGGAUGGUGUAUGUUGGCCGAGCUCAGAAGAGGAUGGAGCGUCAGAGUGAACUGAAGCGUAAAUUUGAACAGAUCAAACAGGAGAGAGUGAGCAGAUACCAGGGGGUGAAUUUAUAUGUGAAGAAUCUGGAUGAUGGUAUUGAUGAUGAUCGGCUGAGGAAGGAGUUUGCUCCAUAUGGUACCAUUACUAGUGCGAAGGUGAUGACAGAGGGUGGACACAGCAAAGGGUUUGGGUUUGUAUGUUUUUCCUCCCCAGAAGAGGCUACCAAAGCCGUGACGGAAAUGAACGGGCGGAUCGUCAGCACCAAGCCUUUGUACGUCGCCCUCGCUCAAAGAAAGGAGGAAAGAAAAGCAAUUCUCACCAACCAGUAUAUGCAGAGACUAGCCACCAUGAGGGCCCUGCCUGGCCCUCUCUUGGGCUCCUUCCAGCCACCCACAGGGUACUUCUUGCCUGCCAUCCCACAGCCACAAACUAGAGCUACUUUCUACAGUCCUAGCCCAGUGGCCCCUGUGCGUCCUGCCCCUCGCUGGAGCACGCAGCCCUCCAGACUUCCCUCCUACCAAACGGCCACCCCACUCCUGAGAGCGACAGCUCCACCCAGGCGCCUGCUAUCCAACAUCAGCACCAUGAGACAGGCAUCUACGCAGGUACCCCGAGUGCCACCGCAUGCCCAGAGAGUGGCCAACAUAGGGACCCAGACGCUUGGUGCCCGGGCACCCACCUCACCAUCCCUACUGCGGGGUAUGCCGCAGUAUAAGUACUCCUCAGCGGUGAGGAACGUCCAGCCGAUAGGAAGCGUGGCAUCCAUGCCGGUACCACAGGUUGGAGAAUCUGCCGUUCAUAUCCACGGGCAGGAGCCUCUGACUGCAUCCAUGCUCGCUGCAGCUCCUCCCCAGGAGCAGAAGCAAAUGCUAGGUGAACGCCUUUACCCCCUCAUCCAUGCCAUGCAUGCGUCGCUGGCUGGAAAGAUCACAGGAAUGCUGCUAGAGAUCGAUAACUCAGAGCUGCUGCUUAUGCUGGAAUCCCCUGAAUCUCUCCACUCCAAGAUUGAGGAAGCGGUCGCAGUGCUCCAAGCACACCAGGUUACGGAAUCGUCUCUUAAGAGCAGUGCUGCAACGUUCCUCCUGUGAGGCACCGAGGAGGGACUCUGAAGAACACUUGGCUCUGGAGACAAAGCAACUACAACCCUGACAUGCAUCACCACGUAUUCUGGAAGCAUUUAUUUUUUUCUGUGUAUAGACAGUGACACUGAUUUGCAUUCGAAGUCCGGCAUUACUUUUUCUUUGUACAUGAAAAACCCUGCAAAAUUAUUUUCCCCAUAAAUGAACUGCAUCCUAUGUAACGCUGUCCAUGAGAGCUCUUUUCUGUCAACUCUCGCCAGUGAGAGCAGGAGGUGAAAAUGUUAACACGGGGGGCACGUGGUAGAAUGUAAACCUCUCCUUGUGAGUGGUGAGGAGGGAGACACGAUUGGUUCAGUUGUAGUGUUCCAAGAGAUGACAAGUCAUCAGAGCUUGUCAUUUUAAGUGUUCUUUGGGCUCUGUCAUGUUUUAUUUUUUCUUGUAGCUGACACCAUAAACAACUAAUACAGCCACCCCCA